CGUAUGGCUAUACACUGUCAACGCGAACACCGAGAAGGGCUAUCGCGACUUCCUCGACUGGCUUGACGGCCAGCACAGCCUCGUGGAGGCUGGGCCGAAGAGGCUGCCAGCCGCAGACAUCACCUUCGUGCAGGAGACGCGCGGGGUAGGCAUCGGAGUGCGGCAGCGGUUCGCGGCAGCCACGCUCGACACCGCUUUCAAGCAGCCCCGCCGCGUGCUGCGGCGGGUGGUUAACAUUGGCGACGGGCUCGCCAUCGAUCUCCUGUCCAUCUACCUCCGCGACGGGGAGGGCAUGAGUGAGGCCAACGCAGACAUUCUCUGGGAGGUUGCGUCGCAGCUCAGGGUGGCGGCGCGGCCGUGGAUCCUGGCGGGCGAUUUCAACAUGGACCCCCUCCUGGUCGCGGCGUGGGCUGCUACGGCUGGAGGUCUCGUGCUACAUGCAGGUGCAGCGACCUGCAGGGCGGGGGCGCUUCACGAGCUCGACAACGCAGUCAUCUCCGACGAGCUCCAGCAGUUCGUGUUCAGCCACGGGCCCGUGGUCGAG